ACAUAUAAACGUGAUUCCCAUUGGACAAAAUUUUGGGAGUAUGAUAUGGCGGAUAGUGAAUCACAAAAAAGUGUGUCAAAACACAAUGAAUGGAAGUUCUUUUAUAUUCAAGUGCUAAAUACCGCAACAACUAUUGACAGCAAGAUUUUGUUAUAAACUGUUCAUUUACCUUCAUUUUCAAAUAAUCCCUUCAAGUUUUAUUCUUUGAAAUUAAUGAAACUUCACCAACAGCUUCGUUCAAAUCAGUCGAGCUCCAAGAUUCAAAUGGACUCAAUGUCUUAUAUGACUUAAUGUCGUAUGUUUACAUGCGGUUUUGUUUAUCGGAGGAAGUGUAUACUUGAAAAUCAACCAUGGACAAAAAAGAUAUAUCAAAACGGAACAGUAUUUUUAAUAAAAUAAAGGGAGGAGGAAAAGACAAAAAGGCACCAAACAAAUUACCAACACCUAGUGAGUCCGAUGACACUAACGGGAACGCUUAUGGAUUCCGUCCAGACACUAGCUCAUUGUCGGACAAAGAGGUCGUGGAAAAGUUUGAGAGAAUGCUGGAUGACAUGAAUUUGUCUGAAGAAAAGAAAGCCCCACUCAGAAAGAAAGACAUAUUCCAGAAACGUUCUAUGCUUGGUAUGCACCAGUCUGUCAAGAUUGUGGGACCAGGAAACCUUGAUACACCAGCCAGUUUUAUUGCAGAAUUACGGAAUCCUGAAGUCAAGGGAGAUAAACGAUUAAAAUUAUUGGAAUCUUUACGAGUAUCAUUAACAAGCAAUCCUGUAAGUUGGGUACAAGAGUUUGGUGUUGGAGGUUUAAAUGGAAUUUUACGGAAUUUAACUUACUGCUGUGAUUCAAAAACAGAGAGAAGAAGUACAUAUGAGGCUGUGAGAUGUCUCAAAGCAUUUAUGAACAAUAAGUUUGGUUUGAUGCAAAUGAUAGGACAUGAAGAAGCCUUAACUAUAUUAUCAAGAACAGUAGAUCCCUCAGACCCUAAUACAAUGUUAGAGGCUGUCAGACUUCUAGCUGCUAUAUGUAUAGUACCUCCAGAUGGCCAUGAAAAAGUAUUGGAGGGUAUAACAGUAUGUGGUGAGAUUCGAGGGCGAGAUAGAUUUGUGCCAAUAAUCAUGGGUUUAGGUAUGCGGGACAACCAACCCAUGCAAGUGGCCAACAUUCAACUAGUCAAUGCUAUUGUCAGUACGCCAGAUGACUUAGAUUUCAGACUGCAUUUACGGAAUGAAAUAAUGAGGACAGGCAUGAUAGAUCUGAUUGGGUCAUUAGAUACUCAGCAAGAUGAAGAAUUACAGACACAUUUAAGAAUUUUCCAUGACCAUAAGGAAGAAGAUUUAGAUGAAUUUAUUCAUCGUUAUGAUAAUGCUCAUAUUGAGCUAGAAGAUCCACGCCAGUGUUUUGACCUGGUUUAUAAUUCGACAAAAGACACAAUAUCAGAACCUUACUUUUUAUCCAUAUUACAGCAUUUAUUAAUUGUACGGGAUGAUGCCUAUGCUAGACCUCAAUAUUAUAAGUUAAUAGAAGAAUGUAUAACACAGAUAGUUUUACAUAAGAAUGGAACAGACCCAGAUUUCAGACACACAAAGCGAUUUGAUAUUGAUGUAGAACCUUUACUUAGUUCAUUACAUGAAAAAUCAAGAGUAGAAGAUGCAGAAGUCAGCAUUGUAGAAAUAAGUUCAAAAUUGGAGACGGCUAUUACUGCUAAACAGGAAUCAGAAGCUAAAGCAAUGACAUUGGAGGAAAAAGUGAAGAAAUAUGAGGAUGAGCUCACUGUUAUGAAAGAAAAAGAAAAAAUGUUCUUAAUGAUUACUGCGACUGGCAAUAAGUCAGGCUUUAGUACUAUGGAUAGCAUGCCAGCUGGUCAAGAUCAGAUAAAACUGGGUAUUGGUGCUCAGAUCCAGUCUACAGGAGCAGCUGGGGGAGGAGGAGGGCCGCCAGCACCACCAGAAGGUGGGGCAAUUCCACCUCCACCUCCGCCACCCCCACCACCACCAGGGGGUGGAGGACCUCCCCCUCCUCCUCCCCCACCACCUCCACCACCAGGGUUUGGUGGUGGUCCUCCUCCCCCUCCUCCUCCACCACCACCAGGUGGGGGAAUACCACCCCCUCCUCCACCGCCAGGAGGUCCAGGAUUUCCAGGGGCACCUCCUCCGCCACCAGGAUUCAUGAGUCCACCUGCAGCACCAUCAACUAGUCUUCCAUAUGGUAUAAAAAAGAAGAAAUACCAACCUCCAAUGCAGACCAAAAGACUCAACUGGAAUCAGGUACAAGCUAAAAAAUUGGAAAAAGAUUCAUUUUGGGUCCAAGUUCAUGAAGAUCAGUUUGAGGAUGAAUCUUUAUUUCAAGGUCUUAUUGAAAAUUUUGGAGUACAAGCUAAAGCAAAGAAUUUGAAUACCUCAGAAACAGCAGACAAGAAACCUACAAAAAAGGCUAAAGAGUUGAAAGUGCUGGAUCCUAAAGCUGCUCAGAAUUUGUCUAUUUUAUUAGGAUCCAUCAAGGUCCCAUAUCCAGAAAUCAAGCGAAGAAUUAUAGAAGUUGAUGAAGAAAAAUUGUCGUCUUCCAUAUUAGAAAGUUUGAUACGAUAUAUGCCAGAGCCUGAACAGAUGAAAAAAUUAGAGAAAUUAGAAGAUCAGUACAAAGAUUUAUCUGAACCAGAACAGUUUUCUGUCACUAUGUGUAGUAUAAAGAGAAUUUCACCUAGAUUAAAUUCCAUGUUGUUUAAAAUGCAGUUUCCAGACAUGGUGCAAGAUAUUAAACCAAAUUUAGUAUCAGCAAUAGAGGCCUGUGAAGAAGUUAAGAAUAGUACUAAAUUCUCAAAGUUGUUAGAACUUAUAUUGUUAAUGGGAAACUUUCUCAAUGCUGGAUCUAGAAAUGCUCAGUCUGUAGGAUUUGAAAUAAGCUUUCUUCCCAAGUUGGCAAAUACUAAAGCUCAAGAUGGUAAAACAACACUGGUACAUUUCUUAGCCAACAUUGUGGAGCAAAAAUACCCAGAUUUAGUGGGAUUUUUAGAUGAAUUUACACAUUUAGAUAAGGCAGCUAGAGUCUCAGAAGAAACAGUGCAAAAGAAUCUGAAGAGUAUGGAGAAACAGUUAAAACAGUUAGAAACUGAUAUAAAGAAUAUCAGUAAAUCUAAUGUGGAUGGGGAUCGCUUUGCUGAAGUUAUGAACUCCUUUAUAACAUCAGCAAAAGACCAGGCUGAUGUAUUAAGUGGUAUGCAGAAAAAGAUGGAAUCUUUGUACAAGGAAAUGGGAAAGUUCUACGCAUUUGAUAUCAAGAAAUACAGUUUUGAAGAGUUCUUCCAGGAUUUAAAAGCAUUCCGAGAUAGCUUUAGUAAUGCAAUGAAGGAGAAUGCUAAGAUGAGAGAAACAGAAGAGAAGAUCAGACGAGCGAAGGAAGCAAAGGAUAGAGCACAGAAAGAUAAAGCAGCCAAGAUGGCUAGAAAGAAGGCUAUUGUGGACAUGACUAUGGAAGGAGACCAGGAAGGUGUUAUGGAUAAUUUGUUAGAAGCCUUGAAGACUGGUUCCGCCUUUAAUAAUGUCAGAGAAAAACGUGACCGAAAACAAAGGACGCCUAGAGCGGCAGGAGCUGAAAGACGUGCUCAACUCUCUCGAUCUAGAUCUCGACAGAAUCUCUUCAACCUGGAUAAUACAACAUUAACAGAAAUUAGUUUUGAUGACCCCAAUACAGCUUCGUCUCAAAACAAAGAAAAAGACAAAGUGGAUAUAGAAAGGGAUACAAAUUAUAAUCAUGAAAAGGCGGGGGAAAGGCGCAAUUCAAAAACAAAACAGUCGUCCAUUGAUAAUGAAGAGAGUGAUGCUGAAAAACUGCUGGCUCGGCUUAAAGCUUUGUGAAAAGUAUCUUAUUUCUGUUCAUAUUUGCAUUCGUUGUACUUAUGACUGCAUAGACAUUUUAUUGUUAUCAUAUAGUCAUAAUGCUUGCUCAUGCCAUAAAGUUAAGAGUCAAAAUGAUAUAUGUCUCGGUCUUCCAUCAAACUAUUCAUUAAUCAAAAGGAUGGUUGGUCUUUGCAUUUUUAUGCACCAAAAAAAAAAAAAGAAAUAAUCAGUUUCUUUUACAUUUCAAACUCUCAACCAGUUGGAGUGUUUGGUUGACACUUCUUUCAUUUCUUGCACCAGUCCCUGGUGUUAUUUAAAAUUGCCUUACUGAAUCUCAACAUAGCGUAUGUCCUGAAUUUGUGCCAUGCACAUUAUUUAUGGUUCUUAAAAGGAGUUUUAUUUAGUAAUCAUUGGUAUCUCUUAUGACCAGUUUAAGUGGUUAAGAGUAAUGUUUGACCACUUUUUGUGGUUAUGAGUAACGUAUGACCAGUUUAGGUGGUUAGGUGUAAUGUAUGGCCAUUUUAAGUGGUUAAGAGUAACAUAUGACCAGUUUAAGUGGUUAAGAGUAACGUAUAACCAGUUUAAGUGGUUAAGAGUACCAUAUGUCCAGUUUAUGUGAAUUAGAGUAUUGUUUGACCAGUUUAAGUGGUUAAGAGUAAUGUAUGGCCAGUUUAAGUGGUUAAAAGUUAUGUAUGACCAGUUUAAUUGGUUAAGAGUAACAUUUUACCAGUUGAAAUGGUAAAUAGUAAUGUUUGAACAGUUUAAGUGCUUAAGAGUAAUCUUUGACCACUUUAAGUGGUUAAGAGUAUUAAACAAAUGACCAGUUUAAGAGAUUAAGAGUAACAUAUAACCAGUUUAAGAGUAAUGUUUGACCAGUUUUAGUGGUUAAGAGUAAAGUAUGACCAGUUUAAGUGGUUUUUAUUUAAGAAACAACACCUGGUUUUAAGUGAUAUGAAUGCAAGUAGAUGUAACCUGUUUUUCUUGCUUAUAAGUAAACUGCAUCACUUGCUUUCUUAAAGAUUAAAAUUUACAAAAUCUACAUAUACUCCUAUAUUUACAGUUUUAUGAAUGCAUUAGAAUAAUUAUGAUGACUAAUCAAUAGUUUUGAUAACUUUUGAUAGAUCUAUCUAUUGUUUACAAUAUAUAUUGAUUGAGACAUAUGCUUUUAAAAUGAUAUAAGUUUUUUUUAACACCACAUAGUAAAUGUUUAAGUCUAUAGGAAAACCCAGACUUACUGUAAAUGUUUAGAAGGGAAUAAAUAUCAUUAUGGCAUGAGCAUAGAAUUCAUCCAUCAUUAUUUUCUGUCUAUGGUGUAUAAAUACUACAACAAAGACUGUGAUAUUUUUUACUACUAGGACACAUGGUUUUGCCUGUAGCCAUGUGACUUGAGUUCUAUAACUGAAACUAACAUAUAUGCUAACACUGUAUAAAUAUUUUAUGUUUGCUUCAUGUUCUGUACCAUAUUGUAAGGGAUAUUUAUUCAUCUGAGAUGCAGUGCAGAUAGUCAGUUAGACACAGUCAAAUUAAUAAAAAAGAUUCUCACUUGCCUGUCACCAAAAAAAUAGAUUAGAGGUUUUUUUCGUGAAUUGUUAAAAUCUGCUCUAUGUAAACUUAAAUGUAAGCAAUCUUGAUUUUUUUGUCUGUGAAUUCAAUACUCAAUAGUUUUACAGUGAGGAAAGCCAUUUAGCUGGUUUUGCAUUUUGAUAAGAUGUAGCAGAUAAAAAUGACUGGAAGUUAUGCUAAGUGGAUAAGUAUACAGAAGAAUAUGGACCUGCACUUGCAGAAAUGGCAGAAAUUGACAAAUUGAAAAAUAGAGAAAUCUUAUUUUUAAAAAGAGAAAUUAGAAAGAAAAAUUUGGUGCAGGUCUUUUCAAGAUUUACAAAAUUGAGAAUCUUCAAAUUAUUUUUGUGUGACCUUGACCACCAUGUACAUUAUGUUAUCAAGGGGAGAUAACAAAUUGAAUUGUCUCCCUUUUGAGAAAGGAAAUACUGACUAAAUUUACAUACAUAUAUUACAAUAAUCAAAUGAAAACAACACUGAAUUCAUUAUAUUAUUGAUUUCUCCAAAUGUGGAGAUAACCAGUAUAAAAUGUAAUCAAUUUUUUUAAAGUAAUUAGCAUUUAGUCAUAGACAUAGGAUUUUUUUUAUCAUUUAGAAUUCUUUGACAUACCUGCCAAAUUUAAGUUUUCAUGUGGUUCAUCAUCCAGCAGUCAGGAUUCCAUGGUUUACAGAAUAUUACAGUUUCAUAAAAUAAGCAUUUAUAUCUAGUUUCAGUAAAAAAAAACUUAUGAAUACAAUAUUUCAGAAAUAAAAAGAAUUUACGAUGCAUAUAGACAAAAAAGGUAUAACAGAUGUAUCAUUGCACAGUAAAUGAGAAAUUAAUUGGUAAAAAUAGUUGGUAGGCUAGAAUGACAUAAUUUCCUGAAGGAUAUGUUUUAAAGAUGUUGGUUGAUGGCUGUAAAAUGCUUUAUGGUUGAAUGGUAUGGCCAGACUAUCAUUAUUUUGAGUGGUAUUUUAUUCCUUUUAUAAAGUGUGGCCCUUCAAAAAAGCUUGGCAGGUAUGGUUGGACUUCCAAAAAUAGACAUUAUUCAUCUUCAUUUAGCUUCAAUUAUCUGAAUAUGUUUCAUUAUUUUGAAUGUAUAUAUAUUGCAUAUAAAUUUUAUUUUUGUAAAUAAGUACUGUAAAUUUGUAUAUAUUGCAACAAAACAAAUAGUAUAUAUAUAUAAAUGAACAUUUUACAUAGCUCACUGUUCUACAUGUAUAUCGCUUAUUUUGUAGAAUAUGAAUACUGUUUUCCUAUAAUUUGUGGUUUUCUGCUUUUGACCAAAACUUUAAUCUCAGAGUCAUAUAUAAAAUCAUACAAGUCUCACUACCCCUCAAAUUUGAUUUGAAGUUUUUGGAAAGCAGUAUUAUUAAUCAAAAUAAGUCCUAGAUUUUAUAUAUGUUAUUGCCAAAAUAAUUAGAGAAUGACUUUGUAUUUGAUGAAAAGGUCUUCUAGGUUUAAACAUUUUUGCUUAUCUCAGAAACUUACUAAUAGUUUGAUUUCAUUAACUAAUGGCAUAUUAAUAUUUUUAACAUUCCAAGUAAAGAUUCAGGUUUCAUUUGCCUGUUUUUUUUUGUUUUUGUUUUAACUUAACCUAAUUGCAUCAUCAUUUUGAAGUGUAUUUCAAGGUCAUAGAUUUGACAAAACAUUAAAGGUGCUAUACUACACAAGUGUUGGGCAUCAAUUAUUUAUUUAAAUGCAUAGCAAUUUAACGUUGAAUAAAGUCAAAUUUAAACAAACAAAAAAUAACUUUCUACCAAUAUGUCCAAUUUCUUACAUUCUAUCAAAUAAUUACGCAUUAAAGGCCUUCAGAUUAAAAUACUACAUAUCAUUUUUAAACUAAAUUACAUGCUUUGAAUGGCAGGUUUGUUUUCCUAUGAUUUGAAUAUUUCUAGCAAAUAUAUCAGGGUUCAAAGGUCAUAUAAAAUAUUAUCCCUUCCUGUUUCUCAGUCUUGUCACAAAAUUUCUUGGUUGGUGACCAGGCUGUUAUAUCUCAUUCUUCAUUAAGGACUGUUCCAAAAUUUACCGGGUGAUGGGUGGAUGGGAGGGAUUCAAAUAAAUUAAAUAUGUGUGAUUGCAUUUUCCUCUGAAUUUUGCAAGAAUUUUAAGUAAAAUGAAACUUUUUAUUUUAUGAGUGGUUGGGGUCUUGAAAAUGUUUGUUGAAAGAAUGACUUCAAACUUUUUAUUAAUCCUUAUUAAUAAAAAAAAAAACCCUAUUAACAUGAUUAAAUAAAAAAUUUCAAAAUCAUUUGUAAUUAAAACACAGAUUUUCAAGUGAUUCUUAAUAUAAAUAGUAUCAAUUUUUUCAUAAACUUUUAAUUGUGAUAUACAACUGGUUAAAGAUAUAAGAAAUGAAAUAAAAUUCUGACAAAGAUCUUUAAAUUUGUACCUUAAGCAAAAGAUGGUGCUAUUAAAUACUUACAAAGAAAUUGCUAUGUAUAGUCAUCAGUCACUGCCCUUUAUGCUUUUAUUUUAUAACAUAAUUAAAUUGUACUAAAUCUAUUUAAAGAUAUAACUAGUGCUUAUUUUAUUUAGUCAGUAAAAGGGGUUGUUUUUAUUAUAAUUUGUCUGUCUAUUGAUUUCUUUAUAAACAUGGGUGUUAACUUUCCAAAUAUUGGCUUUGCUCAUUGUUGAAGGCUGUACAGUGACCUAUAGUUGUUAAUUUCUGUGUCAUUUGGUCUCUUGUGGAGAGUUGUCUCAUUGGCAAUCAUACCACAUCAUCUUUUUUAUAUUCAAAUAUUUUCUUAAAAUUUAGGAAUCUUCCUCAGAUUAUCGGUCUUCUCACAGGGAGGUCAAAUCUCCGUUUUUUUUGUGAAAAAUAUCCCUAUUUCUCCCCUUUUCAACAUAUUUUCACUACAAUUAGUAGGUUGGUCUGUAAAAUUUGACCACUAUUGUCAAAACAUCAAUACAUAUUUACAAAACAGAGUGCUCAAGCUGCCUGACAUGUUGAAUUACCCAAUUUAUUACUUAAUGGUUGGAUUUAUUGAAUGUUGAUUGCAAAAAUAUUUAACACAUUUAUUAAUAGCAUAAAGUAAGAUUGAAUAUAAUGAAUAACUACCAGAAAUUGGUUACAACAAAUUUUCCGUCAGAAAAAAAAGUUUUGUAAAGUUGACACCUACAACAUACUUCGCGUAUGAGGACCAUUUAUUAACACAUACAAAUGUAUAUAUUAAACUAUACUAUGAUUGUAAGGAGGUCAUUGGAUAACUCUUUAGUGUUGUAAAUAUAAGCUUUUUUGAAUUUUUAAAUCUGAUAAUAAAUGAGCCGAACCUGAGAAGUGUAGUUAAAUUUUGGGAAAACCAUGCUUUAAUCAAAUCAAAAGAUAGUUACGUUUACAAUGACAAAUUGUAAUGAUUUACACAUAAGUUACUAACAGAUAAUCUGGUAUUGAAAUGUUUCAAAUGUAAGUUAUUCAGUAGAAAUCUUGAUGUGAAAAGAGUAGUACAUGACAUUAAGUAUUGUGUAUAUCAUUCUAUGUAGAAUGUUACAUCAAGUGUGAAUAAUGUCUCAUCCUGGCCAGUUUGCAUUUUUAUUUGGAAAGAAUUUUAUUUGAAGUUCCUGUUCAAACAUAUAGGGGGCCAUCAGUGGCCGAGUGAUCUAAGUAGUUCAACUACUGUAUCACAAGCCGGUCAACACUGAGGUUGUGAGUUCCAACCCCACACAUAUCACUAGCCUGUCAACACUGACGUUUUGAGUUCCAACCCCACACAUGGAAGGUGCGUUUGACUCCAAUCUUAAUUGACUAGGAUUGUCAGUUUUCUUGUUGAAGGUCAAUGGUUCUCUCGGGACAUUCUUGCUUUCUCCAUCAAUAAAAACUGACCACCACGAAAUAGCCAAUAGUGCUGAAAGUGGUGUUAAACACCAAACAAAAUUAAAUCAAACAAGUAGAUUUAUGGAAUAGUAUUGUUCGAUUAGAAAAAACAAUGAUUAUAGAAGUCAAAAAGGAGGAAAGUUUUGCACAAAAUAAUAUUCAAAAUUAGAUUUGGAUUCAAUAUUGUAAGAAAGGGAAGGGUAUCAUGCCUGAUGGGUAUAUUAAAUAGAGAAGGUGCUGUUUUGCAGUUCUCCAUCUUGAAAGUUGCUGUAAGGUCAUCAUAAAAGGUCAUUCCUUACAUCAAGGGUGAUUUAAUAUGUCACAUGGACAUUACAAGGAGAGUUAGAAUGUAAAGAUUUUUGUAAUGCUGACAGAAUCAUAAUUUUCUACAGGUUGUGACACACCUUGUCACUACAGCUGCAUUCCAAUGCAUCAUUCCAAAGUUUGUAUGACAACAUCAUCAAUAAUAAAUAGUAAUUAAUAUUUUUGUAUAACUGCUAGUCAUUUUGGGCUGUUACUUUUGAUAUAUUUGUUAUUUUACUUUUCAUCUGUUAUUUUUAUAAUUAUUUUAUUGUUGUGUUCAAAUUUCUUUGAGAAAUGAAAUAACAAUGGCAGUUUUCGGAUACUAAAGAUUGAAAUUUGUAUAGAGCAAAGCGAGACUUCUAAUGAGAUGUCUCUUUAUGUAAUGACUGUUUCAUAAUUAAAUUUUAUUUUAUUGUAGUCUAACUGAAAAUCACCUUUUCUUUACGUAAAAUGCAUGUGAGAAUUUUUUCAUUCAAGUUGCGAAAGUUUUUCAGUUUGAAAAAAGUAUUUUAGGAUUUAUAUUUUUUCAGUUUGUUUUUACAAUAGCAUAGGUUAAUAUUUAAUGGUAGAUAAUAUUAUGGUUUACAGUGUUAUUUUUAGCUCUUCAAUCUAUUUUUAGAAUACUAUAAAGCCAGUUUAUUUGCUUAUGUUAGUAUAUAUUCAUGCAGUCAUGAUUGCCACAAAACAGUUGUUAUAUAAAAGCGAAUUAUCUUG